GACAGUAUGGAUGUUUUGUCGGAUAAUGUAAUUUUGGAGUUCCAUCCAGAUACUUUGAGAGUCGUGAGAAAAGAGAUUAAUUUAAACAAACCUGGUGAAAUUAAAGACGCUUUGGCUAUUUUAAAAGAAUGGGUUCAGGCACAGCGACACUUUAAGAAAAAGGACUUUGCCGAUCAUUAUUUAGAAUCCACAUUAAUAGCAGCAAAGGGUUCAAUUGAACGGGCUAAGAAACUCCUAGAUGGCAUGUGCACUCUGAGAACGCUGUUACCGAAGUUUUUCAACAGUUUCAAUGUCAGACGAGACACAUACGAAUUUAGCAAAGUCACGUGUCCCGUACUACUACCAAAACUAACGAAGGAUCACCACAGAGUAUACGUAGCAAAAGCUAUUGGAAACUUCUCAACCGCAGAACAAUACUUGCAGUUCUAUAAGUUUUGUGCCUUGAUGGGUGAAUAUGCUAAAUUACAUGACUACGUUGCUAAUAUAGAAGUUGUCUUAGACUUAGCUGAGUCAAAUAUAUUGAAAAUUGUGUCUGUAAUGGAUGUCGUUGACUUAAGGCAUGGCUUAACUAUUUUAAUGGACGGCUUCGGUCUACGGAUCAAAGGUAUUCAUAUCAUCACUGAGUCGAAGACUGUAGAAGCUCUAUUGGCGCUAUUGAAGCAAGUUCUCAAACCGAAGGCCGUCUAUCGUAUGCAUACGUAUAAAUCACGUGAAGCGGUGUGCAAUAUCAUUGGCGAGGACGUACUGCCUGUUGAUUUGGGAGGCACUGAACGGUCUCUGGACACCCUGAAAGAGGAAUGGCUAAAUGUUCUAUCGUCAGAAGAUUUCACGAGGUAUAUAGAAGAUUUAUACAAAGGUGGCACUGAUGAAACCCGCCGAGCGUCGGUCAAAUUCAAUGAAGAAUAUUCAGGGUUGCCAGGGACUUUUAGAGUAUUGACUUUAGAUUAAAUGUUGGAUAUA